UAAGGAUAGUGCUGUAAUUGGGCAAUUGCAGAUUAAUUGCAGAUCCGCAAACCGCAAUUAUCUGCAAAUCUGUAAAAAAUCCGCAAAUUAGCCAAUUAAAUACUGUAUCACGAUCAUUACUCAAUCUAUAUAUUUAUAUCGAAUCAUCAAAUUUAGUAUUAUUACUCACUCUAUUAUAAUAUAAUCAAUUUAUAAUGCAUCAAAACAUCAAAACAAUUGUAUCUAAAUUCUUCUUUUUCUAUUUACUUUUUUCAACAAUUUAUUAUUAAAAUGUCAAAAACACCUUCUUCGGCUCUUAAUUUAAAGAUUCGUGAAAAAAAAGUUGAGCUAUUGCCUGAAGACAAAGAAUUAAUUUCGUUAGCACUGUUAAUUAUUUGGACUAAGUCUAAUAAAAAAAUUGAAUCAUGUAAUUUUGACCAAGAUAAAGUAAGAUUAUCUUUCAAAAAGAAUGAGGGAUGCGUUUAUUUUGACUUGCAAGAAUCGGCUUUAGAUUUUACAUUCAUCAAUAAGGGUAAUUUGGCUGAACUUGAACGCUACAAAUCGCUAUAUGAAUUAUAUAAAGGUAGAUACGAAGUAAUUCGUUUACAGCCAGAAAAUACACGUUCAACUACAUCUGGUACAACUGGUAGCGUGAAUGAAUCAUUAAGAGAAUUGUUACAAUAUUCAACACCCGAACACACGUGCCUAGAAUCCUCUCCCAGCUCGUCAUUAUAUCUUAAACCCAACGAUUCAGAACUUGCCCGUGUGUUAAACAGUGAUUUAUCCAUAAAUAAUCUUUCUACUUCUGACACUGAAACAAAAAUUUGGUCGAAUUUGAAUAUACGCUGUAUCGAAAAAUUUGGCGGACAAGAUCACAUAAAAAAUGAUGUUUCUAUUUCUGACAUAAUGUGGGCCAGUACAACCUUACCUGCGUACCGCAGCUGGAACACAAUGAAGAAUUAUUAUGAUGACAUUGAUGAAUGGAUCGCAAAAAUUAGUAGCUUCUGUACUGCUAAUGAUGAUGAGGAUAACAAUUUUCAACCUACUGAAGCUGCAAAUUCAAGUUCUACUAGGGAUGAAUCUGGCAACAGUGAAAUUAAUGAAUUUAACCCACCUUCACAAUACAAAGUAGUUCCAGCAUCAGCACGAGCAUCAACCACGGAAGUUGAAACAUCGAUGAAACCACCAACAAGAUCAAUAACAUCUAAAGUAAAAUUAGCAACACAAGUGCCAACUAGAGAAGUGAUAGUAUCUAUAGAACCACGGGUACCAACUUCAGAAAUGAAGUCAUCGGCGGAGGUACCUCCAGAAAUGACAUUGGCGAAAUCAGCGGAAUCAAGUGUGGCAGAAUCACAAGUACCUUCAGAAAUGGCAGUGGAGGAAUCAGCAGAAUCAGCAGAAUCACAAGCACUAGCUUCAGAAAUGGAGGAAUCAGAAGAAUUAGAAGCAUCAACAUCUGUGUCGUUAUCAAAAUCCGUUGUACCAAAACGUAAUUUCUCAGAUGAUGAUGACGACGACGAUGAUAAAGCCAAAUUAUUAAAUUCUACCCAAUUGUUAUUAUUCAAAAAGGGAAAGAAACUUCACGAUAUUUUGUUAGCAGAUUCAUCGUUUAAUGGCGAACUCAUUGCUUCUGAAGAAUUAAAAGUAUCAGAUAUAUCCAAUGACUUAAAUGAAAUGCUGAAAGAUGACCCAGUCAAAAUCGUUGAUGAGAAAUCCGCUAAAGAUCGAAUCGAUCAAUGGCGAAGGCAAGAAUUACAAUGUGAAAAUUUUGUUAUAGCCGCUGAGUCUUUUAAUUUAUUACAUUUGGUGUCCUUGGUCCAAAUUUAUGAUGAUCUAUUUAAACUUGGAGAAAAAUUAAGAACUGACCCUAAUAAUAAUAUAAAAACUACAAAAUCUUGGGUUAUUCAGUUCAUGCGGUCUGUGCUUAAAAUUGGCGACAAAAUGGAACAAAGGAAUAGGGUAGGAUGUGAUCGAUUACGAAGGUUAUUUAAUGAAGGAAUCACGAGUACGCAACUUGCGAAAGCUGGGUGCCGUAAGUGCGAUUUUUUCGUUAAACAAGAAUAUUAUGAAGUAUUUUUGUCCCAAGUUCCUACAUUAGAAACUCGUCGAUCAAUUUCAAGUUUGUCGAACGAACGUCUUUCUGAAAUCUUGUCUACUGCUAAUCCAGAUAGUACUGCACAAAAAAAAAAGAGAAGAGUUGAAUUUAUGGGGGAGGAAUUCAUUAAUAUAGCGGAUAAAUAA